AUGGCAUCUCAAACUGACGUCCAGCUCUUCACCAUUAAAACCUUGCUUGCCUCUGAUGCUACCCGGGGUGCAAUCAAAGACACAAGAGAUGAAGAUAAUGAAACUAAGGCCAGCAGUAUGAGUAAAUUGAUGGGGACAAGAGAGAAAGUCACUAAACUACAUAUUUUUUCAACUGAAGUAGGAGAAAUGGAUAUAUCCAACUCAAAAGGUAUCUUAAAAAAUAGAAACCUCAGAGUGUGCCACAACAAACCAGUCAUGGCGCCUGGCUCUCCUGAAUCUCAUUUGACACCAGAUGACAAGGACUCCAAAGAUCAGACAGUAGUGAUAAAACCAUUGCCCCUUCCAACAUUAAUCAAUGCUCCUGGUGGUGAAUUUCACCCAAACUCCAGUGAUACUGAUAACACCAGGGACAACACUCGAGUUUCUACUGCACCUCAACUAUCCUCUAGAAUGAAGCACAUUAAACAAGAGAUGGCCAAAAAUCACCUUCAAUUUGUGCGAUUUGAAGCAACAGACCUCCAUGGUGUGUCCAGGUCUAAGAGUAUCCCUGCACAAUUUUUCCAAGAAAAAGUGAUUCAUGGUGUUUACAUGCCCCGAGGUUAUCUUGAAUUGAUACCAAAUCCUAAGGACAAUGAAGUGGAUCACAUUAGAGCAACGUGUUUUAAUAGUGACAUAGUCCUGAUGCCAGAGCUAUCAACCUUCAGAGUUCUACCGUGGGCCAAGAGAACAGCCAGGGUGAUCUGUGACACGUUCACUGUGACCGGGGAGCCUCUUCUGACCUCCCCGAGGCACAUCGCCAAAAGGCAGCUGAGCCAGCUGCAGGAUGCCGGCUUCUCCCUGCUCUCUGCUUUCAUCUAUGAUUUUUGCAUUUUUGGUGUACCUGAAAUUAUCAAUUCAAAAACCAUAUCUCUUCCUGCUUCAGCACUGCUAAAUAAUCACGACCAGCCAUUCAUUCAGGAACUUGUGGAUGGUUUGUAUCACACUGGGGCCAAUGUUGAGAGCUUUUCCUCCUCUACCAGGCCUGGCCAGAUGGAAAUCUGUUUUCUGCCUGAAUUUGGCAUCAGUUCAGCUGAUAAUGCAUUUACCCUCAGAAUGGCUGUCAAAGAAGUGGCAAGGAAGUAUAAUUAUAUCACCAGCUUUUUCAUCGAGACUGGAUUCUGUAACUCAGGAAUUUUGUCGCAUAGUCUCUGGGAUGUCGAUGAGAAGAAAAACAUGUUCUGUAGCAGUUCUGGAAUUGAGCAGCUCACAAUUCCUGGGAAAAAAUGGUUGGCAGGCCUCUUGAAGCACUCUGCUGCACUUAGCUGCUUGAUGGCCCCUGCUGUUAGCUGCAGGAAGCGCUACUCUAAGGAGAGUAAAGACCUGAAGGAGAGUGUGCCAACAACGUGGGGGUACAAUGAUAACAGCUGUGCUUUUAAUAUUAAGUGUCAUGGUGAGAAAGGCACUAGAAUAGAAAAUAAACUGGGCUCAGCCACAGCAAAUCCUUACCUGGUGCUGGCCGCCACUGUUGCUGCAGGCUUGGAUGGACUUUACAGCGAUGAUGGCGUUUUGUCUGGUCCAGAGAACAGCACAGACCUUCAUCAGGCCAAACCUUCUGAGAUCCCUUUAAAACUGGAACAUGCCCUCAUGGCACUAGAGGAAGAUCAAUGUCUGAGACAGGCUCUAGGAGAAACUUUUAUUCGGUAUUUUGUUGCCAUGAAGAAAUAUGAGUUGGAAAAUGAAGAAACAGAUGCUGAGAGAAAUAAAUUCUUAGAAUAUUUUAUUUAG